AUGCUGCGUAACAAGUGGCUAAAACGCUCUAUUGGCAAGCACCAAUACUUCCCUAACGACCUCGAGCCUUAUUAUGAAGUUGUAGCGAAGCUCUCCAUCUGCAUAGCACAGCAACGCAUUCCCGGCAUGGCACUCGUUGCGAGCGAAUGCGAGAGCAGACGGAGAUGCUCAGACGGCAGGAAGCCUGAUCCCAACCACCUUUGGCAGCUGAGAAAGCGAAACAGUAUCUCGAAACUCUAUGUUGCGUGCUUGACGCUUCCCAAUGCGCGACUUGUACAAAAUUCCCGUAUUGGUUGUCUUAUUCCUCGUGCUGCAUUACUCACUCUUGCCAACGCACUCGAUUCCCUCUAUCGCCUGACCGCAAGCGAGUCAGCAGCAGCAUUCGCUCUCACAGUCAUGGGGAGUUCUCCAAUCAUCAAGAACCCCGGCAAAGGGGAGUUUGCACUUUUAGGGCUCAUCGGAGUAUUACUCGCUGCUGGAUACUUCUAUAAAGACGAGGUCAAGGAGAAAACUAUCGCUACUGAGCCUGCUCGAACGACUUCCCGAUUGAGCAGAACACAGGCCGACGGGAAUCCUGCGAGUAUGGCAGAAGAAUAUGUUGAGUAUAACAAGGCCAACUGGAAUGAGCGUGCGAUUGAGGUAUCUUCCAUGAAGCAAGCAAGGCACUUAGCGGCGAACGCAAUCGGAGCGAGCACAUAUGACGCGCUGUCAGUGUUGCAAUCAGGCAGCUUUGAUCUGGCAUUCACUGGCAUAGGUGCUCUGUGCUGGCUGCCUUCCAUCAGACGCUGUGCUGAGAUUGUCGCUGCGCUGCUCAAACCUGGCGGGCGUCUCUUCCUCCGGGAAGGUCACCCGGUUCUGUGGUCCAUAGGAGAGGAGGAUACUGAAGAUCGUCGAUGUCGACGGUGGAAUGGAAUCAUGGAAUGGGAGAGAUCAUUCAGAAUAUUCUUGAUGUGGGCCUUCAAGUCACAGGUCUGUCUGGUCGAGCACAAAAGUGUACCGUGGAAGCGAAAUGUCACUGCUCCGAGGGCUUCCAAUGCUAAUCAACUGCGCAGGAGAGUGGGAACUGGCAACAGGCAAGGACAACAUCCCACUCAAACAUCCAUGAUUUCUAAUACUUCUGAUGACGCACUUCACCUGUCGGGACGAGUAAGAGGUGGUGCAAGGGUCACGGCUGCCUUCACCAGUGCCAACCACUUCCUCCGCGCUUUCAGCCUUGCAGCAGUGACACCACAAUCAUCGCAUGAUUGGCUCCCGACCCUCCCGCGGUGUCCAACGACGCAGCUGCCAUCACGUUGCCUCAUCGCGGUGCGAAGGAACGUGAACAGUCGUAUCGACAGUCAUGAUGCCAUGUACCUUUGUGCCUAUUUCCGUCGCACAGGAAAAAAUCCUCACGAUCAUAUAAUAGGAUCGAGGGUUUGUAGUGAGAGACUGUCACUACCACACAAAUCAAACAAAACCAUCUCACCCGACUUUCCAUUUCGCAGCAACGCACAUUCCGAGAAAAAUGCACGCCAUGCGUUCUCUCGCGCUCAUUGCUAUCGCAGCAAUCUCUGCAUCAGCAGCUCCAGCUCCACAAUCCACAACAGCACCAGAGUCACUCAGCGUCAGGUAAAUACCACAUCUCCCACACAACCCACAGGGCCACAUGAUCUAACACAUCUCCCUCCUAGCCUCAACUCAGACUCCAUGUGCAGCAUCCUCUCAGGAGGCUAUCCCGGAAGUCUCGAAUCAGGCGAGUGCUACACGGUUCCGGAAGCAGGAAUCGGCUCUUUGACAAUCUACGCUCAACCUUUCGAAGGCGGGAUGAUCAACAUCUAUUCUGGAGAGGAAUGUGAGGGCGAAGCAGAGAGGAGUCUGAGUACUUAUUAUGUGGGGUGUCAGAGGGAUCUUGGCGGUGGGAGAUCGAUCAAGUAUAUCAAGCCGAGCGAGCUUCAUAGCAUCGCGGAUCUGUACCUUGGAUCUCCUGUUUCGUUCCCUUGUAAGUUUGAGGCCGCGAUGAAUUAUCGAAGCUGGCGGUAUUCAGACGGUGAGCAGUUUCUCGCGUGGUAUCCAGUAGGAAGAGCCUUGUUCCUUCGAAGGACUGAUGGUAGCUUGGACGGUGUAAUGGAACGUGAGGUAAUGAGAGUACUCGCUCUUCCCAUCUCCGUCCACUUCCACGUCUCGACUUGCCAGGAACUUGACAGCUUGACUGAUAGCUGCAGGCGUGUGCGAUCCAUCUCCGCAAGAGCUCGGUCUAUGAAUGACAGUCAACUGCGUCCAGAUUUGUUGAAGCAUUCGCAUAUGGAGACUAAAGCUUUUGAUCGGGCUGCUGCGAAGGUCGUAGAAUUGGGGGGCACCGAGGCUCUCGAUAAAACGCCAGCAGGCCCUGGUGGCACCUUCAUGCAGUUUCAAGAACUGAAAGGUUGA